AUACCCCCUCCCCGACCCUAUUGGGGAGCGCCACGAAUUGACCAAGUGAAGCUACAACUUUGCGACAUAAAUUGCGGGGUCCCGAGCCAUGUCGCUGACCAACACAAAGACGGGGUUUUCGGUCAAGGACAUCUUGGACUUGCCGGACACCAACGAUGAGGAGGGCUCGGUGGCCGAAGGGCCGGAGGAGGAGGGCGAGGGGCCGGAGCCUGCCAGGAGGGCCGGGCCGUUGGGGCAGGGCGCCCUGGACAAGGUGCAGAGCCUGCCCCUGAAGAACCCCUUCUGCGACAGCAGCGACAACCCGUAUACGCGCUGGCUGGCCAGCGCCGAGGGCCUCCAGUACUCCCUGCACGGGCUGGCGGCCGGCGCAGCGCCCCAGGACUCGAGCUCCAAGUCCCCGGAGCCCUCGGCCGACGAGUCACCGGACAAUGACAAGGAGACCCCGGGCGGCGGGGGGGACGCGGGCAAAAAGCGGAAGCGGCGGGUGCUCUUCUCCAAGGCGCAGACCUACGAGCUGGAGCGGCGCUUCCGGCAGCAGCGGUACCUGUCCGCGCCCGAGCGCGAGCACCUGGCCAGCCUCAUCCGCCUCACGCCCACGCAGGUCAAGAUCUGGUUCCAGAACCACCGCUACAAGAUGAAGCGCGCCCGGGCCGAGAAAGGUAUGGAGGUGACGCCCCUGCCCUCGCCGCGCCGGGUGGCCGUGCCCGUUUUGGUCAGGGACGGCAAACCGUGCCACGCGCUCAAAGCCCAGGACCUGGCAGCCGCCACCUUCCAGGCAGGCAUCCCCUUUUCGGCCUACAGCGCGCAGUCUCUGCAGCACAUGCAGUACAACGCCCAGUACAGCUCGGCCAGCACCCCCCAGUAUCCGACAGCACACCCCUUGGUCCAGGCCCAGCAGUGGACUUGGUGAGCGCCGCCGCUCGGAGACUCGCGGCCCUAGGCCAGGCCCCACCCCGGCUGCGGCGGCGGCGGCGCGGACUCGGCCCUUAGGGUGGUUAUUAUGGUUAUGAUUAUUAUCGAGUCCAGUUGACUCUCGGCUCCGUUGUGCUGGCGCCGGGAGGCUGCCUGUGCCUCCUUGGAGUGACAGAGUCCAUCCACCCAGUUCUGCCCCAUCCCUCUCUCCUUUUGAACCUUCGGAGAGGGCUGAACUAUAAGCCGUGUUUACAGAAUGUUUGCGCAGCUUCGCUUCUUUGCCUCUCCCCACGGGGACCAAACGUUCCGGCGUUAAUAUCUUCACUUGAGAAGAGAAAAAGACCAACACCCGCCCUCCGCCCCCUGCUUUUGUGAAUUUUGUAAAAUAUAGAUUUGUGUGAGUAGCGAUAUUGUCAGCCGUCGUCGUCUUAAGCAAGUGGAGAACACUUUAAAAUAUAGAUCUGUCUCCUUGUUUUAAAUAAGAAAAUGCUAAAUAUUUAUGGCCAUGUAAACAUUCUGACAACUGGUGGCAGAUUUCGCUUUUCGUUGUAAAUAUCGAUGGUGAUUGUUGCCAAAAUGACGUUCAGGGCGGGCCUGUUCCCCCUCGGAGCCUAACUCCUUUCUUUGUGGUUUGUUUUGGUUUGCUUAUGUUUGGUUUCCCCUGUUUCCUUUUUUUCUUUUCUUAUUUUGUUCAGUGCAAACAUUUCUUAAAUAUGAAAAAGGAAAAUGUGUAGGCCAGAAGCCCUCUGCCCCAUCCUCCGGGUCCUGAGCCCCGGAACUUGGAGCUCAGCGGUUCCGUGCGGUUCCCCAAGAGCGCCGGGCGCUGAAAGCUUUCCAUUUUUUAAUUAAGAAUUUUAAUAAAAAUCCUGUGUUUAAAAAA